AUGUCAACAAAUAGUAGGGAGAGAAACCAACCCAAUCAGGAUAAUAAACGACAACAACAAAGUUUCUCCAAGAAAAUCUCAGAAGGUGAAGCGGAUUUAUAUCUCGAUCAAUACAAUUUCACUACCACCGCAGCUAUUGUAAGUUCAGUAGACCGUAAGAUCUUUGUUCUUUUGCGUGAUGGGAGAAUGCUGUUUGGUGUAUUGAGAACCUUUGACCAAUAUGCGAACCUGAUUCUACAAGAUUGUGUGGAGAGAAUAUAUUUCAGCGAGGAAAACAAAUACGCUGAAGAGGACCGCGGUAUAUUCAUGAUUCGUGGCGAAAAUGUUGUCAUGCUAGGUGAAGUAGAUAUCGAUAAAGAAGACCAACCGCUUGAGAUCAUGGAACGUAUACCAUUCAGGGAAGCUUGGCAAAUCAAGCAACAAAAUGAUGAAAAAAGAUUCAAAGAAGAAACUCAUAAGGGCAAAGAAAUGGCCCGUCAUGGUAUCGUCUACGAUUUCCACAGAUCCGACAUGUACUAA